AUGCAAUCUUUUGCUCAACUAGUUUUAGUGUUAACACGUAUUAAGCACUUGAGAACCAAAAAAAAUACCCCAAAAAAAGGUGGUGGUGGAGUUGAAACUUCAAAAAAUGAUGGGGAGGGGAAAGAAAGAGGGGAAGAAGAAGAAGAUGAUGAUAAUGCAACUAAUAAUUUUCCUAAUACACCUUUAUCAUCAUCCUUUAAGAAACUUUCAUUCUCGUCAAAAAUAUUAUUUCAUGAUACUUGGACGCCUGAAGAUUAUGAUCGACGAGGUGAUCAGUCAACUUGUAAUCAGUUAACACCAAUACUUGCACAGCAAAUAAAAGAUGAAUUAAACGAAUUUAAAAUGGGAGAAAUGCAAGUGCAUGAAGAUACCGACAUCUCUGACCUCAAUUCUGAUCCACUAUUAAGAUUUCAACAUCGUAACUUCCUCUAUUUUGCUCUUGGUAUGGGUUUCCUAUUACCUACUUUGGGUGGCUUUUAUUUUGCAGCAGUUCUUCGUUUAGUUGUUGUACAUCACGCAACAUUUUGCGUCAACUCACUAGCCCAUUUUUUGGGAGAUGCACCAUUUGAUGAUCGACGUACGCCACGUGAUCAUUUCUUGACAGCCAUUUUUACUUUAGGUGAAGGAUAUCACAAUUUCCACCAUGAAUUCCCAAUGGAUUAUCGUAAUGCGAUUAAAUUCUACCAAUAUGAUCCUACCAAAUGGUUAAUAAGAUUCUUAUCUUAUUUUAAAUUGACUCAUCACCUAAAAAAAUUCCCUGAUAAUGAAAUCAAGAAAGGUAUAUUAUUAAUGAAACAAAAGAAAUUGGAUGAUGCAAAGAAAUUAUUAUAUUGGGGUGUUCCAUUAAAUCAAUUACCCGUUUAUACUUUCGAUGAAUGUAAGUGA